UUUCAAUGGAAGGCCAUGGACACUCGCGGCGGAGAAGGGGAGAUGGUUGCAUAGUCGUCCAGUGUUACACUCCUAGGAGGGUCGUGUCUCGGUUGCUUUCUGGCCUGAAAAGUUCCAAGGGGAAGAGAGAGGUAGGGAAGGUACAAGAUGAAGAAGAUACGGGAGUACUGCACCAUUUGGCUCCCAUAAGGUGUUCAACAAAACGAAUCAAUGAUAGUAAUCCGUUGGAUAGGAAGUCAGAGAUUCAUAGAAUUGAGUCACAAAGCAGAGAAGCACCUUUGGAAAUGGGAAUUGGAUCUUUCUUGCUGUAUCUUGUUGUUGCAAGUAAAACUGAGCUUGAUAAAAUGGCAAACCUCAGAAUGCAAAUGGAGAUGCUUCUUCUACAUGCAAAAGAAGAACUGCAGGAGAAAGAUUUACAUAAAAAUCCACCUAUGAAUUCAAAUGAUGCAUAUGCAAAAGAGCCAAGUGGUAACCAGUUUUCUCCUCAAGUCAUUUCGGAUUUGGCAUCAUCCAUUUUCGCAGGGUCAUCAACAAGUGUUAAUCAAGAGGAGACAUCUGAAUGUGAGGUCUCAAAACCAGAGGAUAGACAUACAAAGGAUCAGAUACAAAGGCAACACAAACUUAAAGAAAACGAGAGCAAGAAUAAUCAUGUGCCAGAGAUGGUGACAGAUGAAAGAUAUGGAGUUUGUCCGUAUGAACUUGAGAAAAAGCUGCAUGAACUACUAGAGACAAGGCAACAAGAUGAGUUAGCAAAGCUUGAGACUGCUCUUAGUCGCGUUGAACGCAGACUUCAAGAGAAAGAAACCGAGGUUUCAUGGUGGAAAGACGCAGCCCGCUUGCUUGCUCAGCGUGUUCCUGAAUCUUCUCGAGCUGGAGUACUAGAAUGGUGCAACCCUGAAUCUUCUUCUUCCAUAACAUGCUCAGAAGAUUUUGGUCCUGUUUCACCUAGAUGAUUCUGUAAGAGAAAGUGUUUAGCUGUGAUGUUACAGCUUGUCUGAUGAGUUCUUUAGUAUUUGUGUGUGAAGUUUGCUUUUAGUAUACACUAGUUUCUACUGUCUCUGUUUCGUACAAUGUCAUACAUAGCACUUUAAUAACUAUUCAAGUAGUAUAUUUGCAAUGUAUCUG